AUGGAAUUAAAUUUUAUGAUAUUCCCAGCUCCAAAACACUCCUACCGUGAAGAACAUUUGAGAGUUUAUAUAAUAGUUAAUUUAGGAACUUGUCAAGAUUCCUUAUUACGAUGAUUUAUUUAAAUUUUAGCAAACAUCACCUAAAACUCGAAUUUAGUUUCAUAAAAUUGAUCCUUUUAAACCCCCUGAGGAAGUUCCAAAUGUAUUGCAAUAAUAAGAAUUUAGGAUGUUAGUUAGCUUUCAAACUAUGAUGAUUAAGUUGAUGAGCUUCCUAGCUAAAGAAUUCCUCGUAUGAAUAAGACAAUUUCUGUAAGUAGACAACAAAAUAUGUUCUCAGUAUAAGAAAAUAGAAACAAUUUGAGGGUCUCAAUUACACCUCGUAUGGGUAGUAGCUCAAACACUCUGAGCCAAUUUAAUAAUAAUAGGAAUUAUAGAUGUUCAAAAUAAAUUCCAUGCUUGUAUUUAAAAGCCUUGAUUCCUACCAAAAAAACUAUAAUAUAUUUUCAUGCCAAUUGUGAGGACUUAUUGUCUUCUUAUAAUUUGGUGGAUUUUAUAAGGCACAAUAUGAAAAUGAAUGUUUUGUCGGUUGAAUAUCCAGGAUAUGGAUUGUAUUAGGGAUAUACAAAUGAGGAAAAUAUUUUGAAAGAUGCUGAAUAUAUUUAUAAAUAUGUUGCAUUUCAUUCUGUAGUUGAAGAGAAAAAUGUGAUUGUGAUGGGCAGAUCGAUAGGAACAGGAGUAGCAUGUCAUUUGGCAUCAAUAUUUUAGCCUGGGUUGUUGGUGUUGAUCUCACCUUUUUUGUCGUUGUAAGAGAUUGUGAAUGAGAAGUACCCUUUGGUAAAGAAAAUGGUUAAGGAGAGAUUCGUUAAUAAAGAUAAAAUUCAAUUAGCAAAAUGUCCUGUUUUUAUUUUGCAUGGUCUAAAGGAUAACAUAGUUUCAGUUGAAUAGGGGAAGAAACUGUAUGGUAUCUAAUCAGUUAAGAAUGUUUAGAUUUAUGCAAAAGUGCUUGUUUAUUGAGGACACCGCCUGAGAUGACACACACUAGAUUUUAAUUUGAGAAUGACUUGACUUUGCCAUUGCUAAACUUUAUGAGAUCGUUGAAUUUACUUUGA